CGAAUUCAACAUAAUUUGCUAUAACUUUGUCAGUGUGUGUUCCCCAGGUAGAUUCUUACUCCAUUUUAUACAACCUUAAACGUUGGAACUUCUUUGCUCUGACAUGCAUUGCAUGUUUUCCUUGUUGCUGAUGUAAACGUUUGAAUUUAUAUACUUGACACCUCAUUUUCUAUCUAUAUGUGCACACUUUUAAUUAACUGGUAAUACAGUAAUACUAUUGAGGUCUGUAGUACUUUAAAAUGAAAGGUGCAAAGUUUUGUUGACCACGCAAAGCGUCGCUGUUCACCAGUGAAAAGCAUUAGUUUGUGAUGUAAUAGUCUCCAUGGCAGCUGCGUCACAGGGACGAGAAGGGAGCAUUGUGAUAUGGACAGCUCUGGGGUGCUGAAACUACCACGUUUGAACGGAUCAUUUGAAACACAACCUGGCACUUAUUAGAAACAGUCGUUGUGUUGUCUUAUUUAAUAUUUUCACUGUUCAAUUGUAUGUUUUGGAAUUGCUUCACACUGGGAGUUAAGCAAACUCUUUAUAACAAUGGAUUCGCGUAUUAAUGGACAGUCCUGGAGAAGGUACGUCUCGGCCUUUAUUCUUCUCUCUGCAGCCAUGAAUACGGCGUCUGCUGUUACUCACUAUUCUAUUCCCGAGGAAAUGGAGGAAGGAUCCGUUGUUGCUAAUUUAGCUGCUGAUUUGGGACUAGAUAUGAAAACCUUGAGCAAACGCAAGAUGCGGUUAGAUGUCAUCGCCGGUAAGAAAUAUCUUGACGUGAACAAAGAGACGGGGGAGCUGUAUAUUGUUGAAAAUAUGGACAGGGAAUACCUCUGUAGUUCUAAAACAGCUACAACUUGUUUUCUAAAAAUGGAGGUUAUCAUUGAAAAUCCAGUUCGGAUAUUUAACAUAGAAUUGGAAAUCGUUGAUAUAAAUGACAACGCGCCACGUUUUCGUAGAGAUAUCAUAAACCUAGAUAUUUCUGAAUCGACCCCAGCCGGGGAGCGUUUUUCUCUAAGCAAUGCAAUUGACCCCGAUGUGGGCACGAAUUCUGUAAAAACCUACCACAUCAGUGAAAGUGAUCAUUUUGAUAUUGAAAUUCAGACCGGGAGGGAUGGAUCGAAGUUUGCCGAUUUGAUACUGAAAAAGGCUUUAAACCGAGAGGAGCACGCCGUUCAUAACCUAAUACUCACCGCUGUAGAUGGUGGAGUCCCCGCGCGCUCUGGUACAGCCAACAUAAUUGUUCGUGUCCUGGACACAAAUGAUAAUGCCCCUCAGUUUGACAAAGAUUCAUAUAAUAUAAAUAUAAUGGAAAACUCUCCAAUCGGAAGCCUUGUGGUUAAAUUGAAUGCAACAGACUUAGAUGAGGGAACCAAUUCGGUAAUAGUAUAUUCAUAUAGUUUGUAUACAUCAGAGAAAACACAUGAAACGUUCAGUUUAAACCCUAAUAACGGAGAAAUAACGGUGAAAGAAAUGAUCAAUUAUGAAGACUUCAGGAUCUAUGAUAUGGAAGUCAUAGCAACUGAUAAGGGGACCAACUCUUUAUCAGGUCAGUGUAAAAUAACUAUUCUAGUGACGGAUAUGAAUGACAAUCAUCCUGAAAUAUCAAUCAAAUCAUAUCAAAGUCCCAUAAAGGAGGAUAUAGCGGUAGACACGGUGAUAGCAGUUGUCAGUGUCAGCGAUAAAGAUUCAGGUGAAAAUGGGAUUGUCGAUAUCCAUAUUGCGGAUGAAUUACCUUUUUCACUAAGAGAGAAUUCCGAUAACUAUUAUGAGUUAGUAGUAUCAGAACCUCUCGACCGUGAGAAGGUCCCAGAAUAUGACAUAACUUUUACCGUAACAGACAGGGGUUCCCCUCCGCUAUCUGACAAUGAAACGAUGACUUUAGAACUACUAGACGUUAACGACAACGUUCCACAGUUCCCCCAGUCGUUCUACACUAUUCCCGUUAUGGAGAAUAACGCGCCUGGGGCCUUGCUAAGUUCCCUCACUGCGUUUGAUCCAGACCUCCAUGAAAACCAGUAUCUAGUUUAUUUCAUCAUAGAGAAGGAGAUAGUGAACACCUCCAUUUCCAUGCUGUUUUCCAUCAAUCCGGAGAACGGUAAUCUUUACGCACUAAAGACGUUUGACUAUGAGAUAGAGAAAGAGUUCCUUUUCCACAUUGAGGCCAGAGACUCCGGUGUUCCUCCGCUCAGCAGUAAUGUGACUGUCCACAUCAUUAUUGUUGAUCAGAAUGACAACACCCCGGUCAUAGUCUCUCCGUGGCGCGUGCACGGCUCCGUGGUGGAGGAAAAGAUUCCCAGAUCCACUGAUAAAGGAUCCCUGGUCUCCAAGGUGAUAGCCAUAGACACGGACUCGGUCCAGAACUCUCGGAUUACAUACCAGUUUCUACAGGUUACUGACGCCACCUUAUUCAGUCUGGACCAAUACAAUGGAGAUAUCCGGACCAUGAGAAUGUUCAGUUACAGAGAUCCACGUCAUCAACGGCUGGUUGUCAUCGCCAAGGACAACGGGGAACCUGCUCUGUCUGCUACAGUUACCAUCAAGCUGUCAACAGUGGAGACUGCCGUUAAAGCCUACUCUGACAUGACUGAAGUCCCUCUAGAAUAUGACAUAUUUUCAGACUUAAACCUGUAUUUGGUGAUCGGCUUGGGCUCGGUGUCCUUUCUGUUAUUGAUCACCAUAUUGGUCACCUGUGUGCUGAAGUGUCAGAAACCGAUGGCCAGCAAAGCGGCUCCUCCUAGUAGGAACAGCGUGAUCAGCGAGAGGAACUCGACCAUCGCAGAUUCCACCCUGGUCUCCAACGAUGCCUACUGGUACAGUAUGUUUCUAGCAGAGACCAGGAAAGGAAAGCUGGUAGUCAGACAGCCUGUGCCCAAGGCGGGCUCCAGAUACAUUGUGUCCAGUUUACCAAGGAGCACCGGCCUGACAGAGACCAGCGAAUCAGCAGCCUCUACUCUGCAGUACCCUAAAUGAGGGAAGUCCACUGUGCAGCUGGAGGUAUGGAGGAGUCUCACUCAACCGCCCCGGGAACCCUUUUUAAAUGACCUUACAGAAAUUAUGUUUUCUUUUUCGUGUCUGGUUUUGUUUCAGUGGAGUUCUUCUCGUUCUGUGUCUUCCCCCUCUCGUUAAGAGGAGCGGUGGUUUUGAUCACAAAUGUCCCUCUGGUGAUACCCCUGCCCCGUUCCUAAUGGCUUCAUCCAUGAAAAGCACCAGAUUGGGUCUGUCCUGCAUCAACCUUUUGCCCGUUUUUAACAGAACCUCAUCCCCAAACUAGCCAAUGCUGCCCAUGUUAGACUCUUAUCCUCAAGGCUCCUCCUAUUGGGCCUGUCUCAGCUCUGACUACAUAAUAAUAUCCUCCUCCUAUUGGGCCUGUCUCAGCUCUGACUCCAUAAUAAUAUCCUUCUCCUAUUGGGCCUGUCUCAGCUCUGACUACAUAAUAAUAUCCUUCUCCUAUUGGGCCUGUCUCAGCUCUGACUCCAUAAUAAUAUCCUCCUCCUACUGGGCCUGUCUCAGCUCUGACUCCAUAAUAAUAUCCUCCUCCUAUUGGGCCUGUCUCAGCUCUGACUACAUAAUAAUAUCCUCCUCCUAUUGGGCCUGUCUCAGCUCUGACUCCAUAAUAAUAUCCUCCUCCUAUUGGGCCUGUCUCAGCUCUGACUACAUAAUAAUAUCCUCCUCCUAUUGGGCCUGUCUCAGCUCUGACUCCAUAAUAAUAUCCUCCUCCUAUUGGGCCUGUCUCAGCACUGACUACAUAAUAAUAUCCUCCUCCUAUUGGGCCUGUCUCAGUGCUGACUACAUAAUAAUAUCCUCCUCCUAUUGGGCCUGUCUCAGCGCUGACUACAUGAUAAUAUCCUCCUCCUAUUGGGCCUGUCUCAGCUCUGACUACAUAAUAAUAUCCUCCUCCUAUUGGGCCUGUCUCAGCUCUGACUACAUAAUAAUAUCAUUCUCCUAUUGGGCCUGUCUCAGCUCUGACUACAUAAUAAUAUCCUCCUCCUAUUGGGCCUGUCUCAGCUCUGACUACAUAAUAAUAUCCUUCUCCUAUUGGGCCUGUCUCAGCUCUGACUACAUAAUAAUAUCCUCCUCCUAUUGGGCCUGUCUCAGCUCUGACUACAUAAUGAUAUCCUUUAGCAAUGCUACUAUUAUAAUGCUGAUAUCUAGGUUCUGCUGCCCUAGUUUCCUAACUCUAAAGUACAUUUGUUUUUUCUUCUCUGGUGGAACAGUGACCUUUGGACGGUUUCCUAUCAGGGAAACAAACUAAUGGCAUUGAUUGACCUCAGAGGACAUCAGACAGAGACGUUGUGAUAAUCAUAAUGCUGCUGAUAAUAAUAAUAAUCUGUGAUCUAUUUGGCAGAAACUCUGGCUUUAGUUGUAAUCCAGAUUAAAGAGGGGGAUGGAUGACGGUAUGCCCUCUCUCCUGCGAUUCCUUUUUUGUUUAGGGCACACACCUGUGUGUAACUCCUAAUUGCAACCAGUUACUGAGCACUCAACCCUGCAUCUGGCCCCCGGGGGCCGCAGAAUGACAGACAAAAAAAAAAAAAAAGAAAUCUGACAAUUGUCCGGCCCUCUCUUGCACACAACUGAUCCCUGACUGAUGCAUACUCACAGCAUCCUACCCCGGCCCUCCCAGGCCCUCCCUGCAACCACCACAGACACAUUACAACCCAGGCUGACAUACAUGUUAGCAUGUAGCAGAACUUCCCCCAAAUCCCUAGGUUUUCCAGUAAUCCUGGUUGGAAGAUGAUGGAUUUCCUGCUUUUCCCUCCUGAUUCAGGUAAUCUUCCAACCUGGGAUUCUGGAAAGACAGGGGAUUUUGGGAAAGUUCCUGGAUUUCUGCAACCCUAAACAGAACUAUACUGUCCUCUGCAUGUAAUAUUAAUAUGUGUUCAUCUCCUUCACUCCCAUCACUAAUGCAGAUCAGGGACAUGUUCUACUGUAUCUUAGACUGUUUGUUUGGUGGAUUGGACUGUACUGUUUGUGGUGUGAAUGAUUGACUGUUUGAUUGUUUGACUGACUGUUGAUGAGUUCACAAUAACACAAUGAUCUUUGUGAAUUCGUCUUCACUGCGAUGUGAUGCCUGACCUAAUUCUUUGUGCAGAGGGACAGAAAAUGAAAUGUAUCACCCAGUUACUUAGCAACCACUCUCUCCCUCACGUAAUCUUGGAGCAUGGUGUACAUCGAUAGCCCCACCACCACCAGAAUCCUCCACUCUGUCGUUCUGCCUGAUGCCUUGUCAGACUGACAGACCUCGGCUGCAUGAGACGUGUCAUAGUCUGGCCAAUCACAAGGCUGUGAUUGUCCCAGAUCCCUCCCACCUUUGUCUAAUCCUCUUCUCUCAUUCUCAGGGGUCCACCACCACCGGCAGCGGCAGCAGUUCCUCAUAAGGCCCCAUCCCCAUUGGUCCACCAGAUUUACAUCAGAAGGAACCCCACGUCCACUGAUGAAAGGAACCCCCGUCCUUACCCUACUCAGCCCCCUCCCCUAAGCGACCAGGCCCCUAGUGACACUUCACCUACACCCCCUUGCCAAACAAUGACUGUCAUCCCAAGGACCUAAAGGACACUCUGAUGGUCCCCUGCCCCCCUAUCCCCCAGCCAUGAUCUCUCUAUAAGCACACACUAGCCCCAAUCAACUUCAACGUCCAUUCAACACACAUGGUUCUGCAUGGCUAUGGCCCAUCACUGAGGGCCCCACACGUUUCAACUAACCACAGUGAAGAGAACAUACACUAGAGAGACAGAAUGCAGGAGGGUACUACAGGACAUACUGCAGGAGUUACAACAGCCACUAUGAAUAUACAGAGACAGACAUAGGAAUGAGGAAUUGCCUUCAAAGAUGUACCCCCUUUCCAAAAGGAAAGACCUUGGAUGUUAGGAUUUUACUUAAGUAUUUGUCCUUGUUCGGUCAGAGCACACGUGUGUAAAUGUAGAAUCAAACAAAACAGUAUAUCCUAAAAAGGAAUUUAGAAUACUUUCAUCAAUCCAUUUAUCAAACAGCAAAGAGUGAGCCCUUCUUUAUCAAUACUGUAUAUGUACGUAUAUCAGCCCUUUGCUUCAUGUGCAUGGAGAUGUCAAUGUAACUGCUUUGUUAGGAAAUGUGUUAGAUGUGGUCCGGGAUAUUUGAAGUGACUCACAGUGUCUACCAAGGUGUCACUCUACCAUCACUGUUUAUUCAGUUUUUUUUAUUUUUCACUUUUCAUAACAAGAGUGUCAUUACAAAGAAUACGGUUAGCCACUAUGAUGAAGUCACAAUUAUGACACCUCUCAGAUGAAGUCACAAUUAUGACACCUCUCUGAUGAAGGUGCAAUGACAAAGACACCCUUCUGACAUCAAAGACUGCUGGUCUGGAGGAGGGGUCAGAGGUCAUCGGCCUAUGCUCUCUCCCUGCACAGCUCCUCUCACCCUCCUCCUCCACUCCAGAGCAGAGCAAACUGCACAUAGUUCCCUCCUAAAAACAUCCAUGGUCUACCCAUAUGUGAGGUUGGAGGAUUUCUGGGCUUUGCCAGUGAGGGGAAGUAUUGGAAGUAUCUGGUAUCAUUUUGAAUUAGGCCCUAUGGCAAAUACAGUUUCAUCCAAAUAUAAUAAGUAAACAUUUUUAUAUUGUUUCACUGCCUUUAAACGUUCGCUUUAAACCUUUAUCAGUGAAUAAGUUCAUUUUAAUCACUGAAAUGAAUGACUGUGUUAUUUUAUGUGUAAUGCUGGAUGUAUUUGAUGCCAAUGCUUCAGUAUUGAAGUAAACAAAGAAAACAAUACACUGGCCAAAUGAAUCUGUUUUUAAAGUUUACAUUUCUUCAUUUUUAAAACUAUGUACAAAAUGUGACUGCUAAACAAAAUGAAACUCCAAUAUGUAUUUAAAAUAUUACUACCGUAACUACUAUUCCUGCUUUUAGUUCUGAUCAAGGCAAGUAUAUAUGUGCUUUGUGUAGCCUGUAUUAUCUAUUGAUGGUGCAAUAGGUAGUCAGUCUUUAUGUAUUGUACUGCAUGCCAUGUGGAUCUGAUGUAUACGACUAUUACAUUCAUGAUGAAUUACCUCUUUGCUCUCUGGUUCUUUUAGCUCUCCAAGGUGGGCCCACUCAUCCGUGGGACACAAAAGAUGCCCCUAACCACUGAUACGAGGUCAGAUAUUUUUCAGGUAUGGUUAAGGUCAAGGUUGCUAGGUAUCUGAUCCUGGAUCUGUGGUGUAGGGACAGCUUUUGCUAGGUCAGCUGAGCAGUUCCACAGCAGCUCAUUGGUUGACAUGCUAGCUACUGAAGCCUACUCAAUUCAACUUUUGAAGUAACUGUACAUUAGCAGUUCUACCAGACUAAAGCUUCACGGUUGAACUGUUUAUUUGAAAUGUUUAAUAAACAAAUCAAUAGCCUGA